CUGUCGGAGGCUGACAACAAUAACAAAAGGAGCAGUCGGGCAAAGAAGAGCAGGCAGCCCGCAGACCCCGAUGUUCAAUUUUAUACUUUAUUUCUUCUAAGAAGAAGCCGCUCUUUUCCAUUCUUCGAAAAGUAACACAUCUACCUCACAUUUGAAAGGAAUUUAACGUCGAAUUCAGCUCGCAACAUCGUCUUCUUUUUGAGCCGCAGGUCUUGCUGUCGUUCUUUGUCUCUCCUCCACACGCCAAGCUAUGUGCAGCCACCUGGCUCUCAGAUGAGUUGGGACCACACAUCAUUGAUGCACUUUAGCGCCUCCGCUGAGGUCCUCGCUGGCCGCUGCCAAGUCCGCAGCUGAUGACCAAAACGCCUCCUCGCCACCGCCCCGAGCCAUCUGCCGCUCUCCCUUCCAUCCCCGAGACUCCCUCACUCGGCCUGACACUCUCGUCCCAGGAUGUUCCAGAGGUUUUCCAGCGCCCUGUUUGGCGACGACACGCAGGAGCUGAGUCGCUGCGGCCGACCCGGAGACAGCAAGGACAAAGAGGAGGAUGAAGACUGGAUCCUGGUCAACUUCUUGGCUGAAGCCUGCUCCAAUCAGCAUGGGGACGGCCUCCCUAGAUCCACCGGCAGCCCAGACGAAGAGGAGGACGAAGACCUGGUCAUGAUCCCGUCCCCGAUGGCCAGCCCUCCUAUCCGCUAUGCCUCCUGCACCUCCCUCAACUCCACAGCCGACACCGACCCGGAUGGCGGCGCAGAGGAGGAGGAUGAAGAUGAGGUGGAGGGUGGCUUCCUGCGUCUUGACAUGUCCUCCCUGGAGGAAAGCUGGUUUGUCACCCCCCCGCCCUGCUUCACCGGCCGCAGCAGCCAGCCAGUCCUGGUGGAGACUAGCCCACUGGAGAACCUGCUGAUUGAACACCCCAGCAUGUCCGUCUACGCCCACCACAGCCCCCCCAGACUCACCCUCGACCCCCUGCCACGCUCCCUCGACCUUGAACUGGGCCUGUUGCCUGGCAAUGGGGUGACUGCACCAACUGCCUUGGGCGGAAAGGAGAAAGGCAGACGCUCGCUUGACGGCCCGCGUCACAGGUCAGACAUGGCGGUCGUCCAGCGUCGAUCCAGCCUGCAUCCAGCCUGCUAUGCGGCCCUCUCAACCCGCACCGGCCUCCUGCCUCAGCGCCCAGGCCUCGCCGGCCAGCCGCUGUCCCGCAACGCGCUGCGACGUCUGAACCUGCUGCACCCCCCUAAGGCCGGCACCACCCACCUGCACCAGCCCAACCAGAGGCACCUCAACUUCUGAGGUCUUCAGUCCUUCUCCUGUCGUCCGUACACAAGCACCAGCAACAAGCCAGGGGCCAGUGAUCAGCGUAGCAGGUCAUUUUUAUGUCGUCAACCCACUCCCCCUUGUUGUCACGGCAACCUCCUCCUCUUUCUCCUUCCUCUCGUCGUCAUGGACUCUUCUUCAUGAGUCGAAUCAACGCUGUAGGUCACUUUACUCAGAGGCAAGUUCACUUGGCCCCAGCAGGACCACCCACAAUGAUGUCACUGCCGACGUGUGCCAUCUCCACAACCUUUACGUGAACAUCCGACGUCUGUUUAGUCUGCAGAGGUGUUAAAUUAGACUUUUAUAAGGGGUCGCUAUAAGGCUGCAUGAGGGCAAAUCUCUGAUCCAGUUUUGGAGCUGGGUCAAUCUCCUCCAAAUUAUUUGACUUAAUGUAACUUAACUCCAGCGACGACAAAGCUCGUUCUGCACCGGCAACUGAACCCACCUCUGCUUUGUGAUUCAGUCCUUUUCUUGAACGUAAGAAGAAAAAAAAUGUUAAAAAUAACUGUUAGAUAUCACUAAAUUGCCUUGUUUUAACGGUAGCUUUGAGACGAAUAGAAAUGUAAAAAAAAAAAAAUGUAUUUAAAAAAAAUCCAAAAUAUUUUUUGAAAAGUGAAAAACAGAUUACAUAUCAGUAUGACGUUUGUGUGUUUGCUUCCGUCAGUGUGCGACGUGUUGCAUGGUGGUAGACUUGUGUUAGUGUUGGGAGAAAAAAAGAAAAUGGAAACAUUAUUUUUCUUGUUUGUUUGUUCUUAAAUGAAUCUGCAGUCCAUUUCUCAGGGUCACAACCAAUCACUUUUACACUUAAGGAAAAUGCAGAUUUACUUGACGGCUGAUGAUUCUUUUCUUUUCCGGGACUUUUAGUGAGAGGUCUCAGGAAGUGGUUUUGGUUGAGUCCAACAUGAUGGAUAGAAACUUUUUUUUUUUUCGGUGAUACUUUUGGUUUUUUUUUCUUAGUUUUUAAUGCUUCUUAUUGUCCAUGUUAGCUUAGUUACACUCUUAAAACUAUUUAAACCAAAAAAAAGGGUAGCAAUGAUCUUUAGUCUUUCAGUAUGUUUUUAAGCAGCUUGUUUUGUAACUGUUAUUGUUUCAAUUUUGUUGGGCUUGGUGCUUUUAACAUGGCUGAGAGGUAUUGAUGAAUAAUAGGCCGCCUUUUGAACUUGAUGAUAACUUUAUAAUAUUUUGUUUAGUUGUACUUUAGUUAUUUCACCCAGUAUCUUUACAUAACUUUUCCCUUCACUGAACUUUUCUCCCCAAGCAAAAAUGGUCUUCCUUACCAUUCUAAUAUCUAAGGAGUGUAUAAUCUACCUGCUUGCCUUGUACUUGUUUUGUAUUUCAGCUGACUAUUUACCUAAAAUCUGCAAAAGGCACAUUUAUUAAUUUUUUUCCCAGCAGAAUAAUACAUUCGCAGACAUAAAUAAUGACAAGUCAGACACAAGAUUCACUGUGUGAUGGGACAGUACAAAAAGCAUUUUAAAGCUCCAGCAAAUGUUUAUGAAGUUGUUGGUCUGCCUGUAAAUAAUCCUGAUGGUUUUCUCUGGUAUAUUUAAGGUUAUAAUUUCUUGAAUGUCUUGGUAACUCUCUGCAAUUCUUUAUCUGUGUUCUAAUGAUGUAUUUAAAAAAAAAAAUUGGAAUGGAUUGCAGAUGAGGUUUUUUUAAAAUAUGUGUUCUUACGUCCGUCGUCAAAACUAACAGGGAUUUCUAAUGUUUGUGUUCAAUGCCUUGAAAAUUGUGCAUCACGUGCCUUCCAGUUUGAAAUGUUCUUAUGCAUCAAUGAAGAACUUGGAAAUUUUUUUUUCUUAUGUUCUGAGUGGAUGUUCUACAGACAAAAGCAAAUGGACGCCAACUAUGCACCACUCAGCUGUCGCCACCGCCGCCCUUGUCCUUUUUCUAAAGACUCCCAACAAACCAGACAGAACGAUGUAGCAAACCUCCAGUUUAUUCUCAAGUGUGAAGAAUGUUUUGUGGCAUUUUGACUGUUAUUUUGUUUGUUUCAUCAAGUGUUACACAUUUUGUUUUGUUUUUUUGUGUAGUUUACUGGAAUAAUACAGCACUUUGCCAAAAAAAUUAAAAAAUAAACGGUGUUGGCAUUAUAGGGUUAACUUUUUAUUUAUCGGCAUAUCUCCUAUGUAUUUUGUAUGUAUGACUGUUCAAUUCACUUUGUUAAAAUCUGGUAAACAUGUUAUAUGGGGGUCAUCUGUUUUCAAACUGUAAUAGUUCAUUCAUGUGAUCUUACUAGACACAAAAUAAAUGUUUUCAUACACACCU